UUUGAUUUCCUCACCCGUAAAAUUGGUUGUUAUAGAGAUGGAAAUGGAUUGUGAAUACGGAAGUGCUUGGAAACUACAAGCGUUGUCUAAUGACAACAACAGUGAUUCAACACUUAGAAUCCAACAGUUGGGAAUCCUCAACCUUCAUUUAUUCCAUUACGUUCGUUCUGUGUGUGAGUGAGACGCCAUAAACAUAACCUUACCUCCCACUCCCCUGUCCAGUACCUGCCCCCGCUCCUGCCUGUUCCAGGUGGCGACCUGUUCUUUAGGCUUUGGUGCUAGACUUCCCUGAAUUCGGAUUCCCGCUGGGCCACUAAGACCUUUUCCUUAGCUUUUUCUGAAUCUCAGUUUCCCUGCCCGGGAAUAGUAAAGCCCCUCUUGCCAAACUGAUCGAGGGCAAAUCCUUUGCUUUGGUCAGUAACUAAGGGCGGCCCCCUAGCUUCAGCGCCUUCUGGGGUGUGCAGGACACCCUGGGGCCGGGAGGAGGCGGCUGAGAGCAGCUGGGGGCGGGGACCUGCGCGGUCACUAUGGCAACCGGAGACGCUCCGGGCUCUGGGCCACGGGCGUUGAUGCUGGGAAGGCCGGCGGCGAAGACACCGGCCCGCGGCAUGAGGGUGGAGGACUCGCCGGCGGCGGCGCCCCAGGCGGGCAGCGACCCGGAGCGGCUGGGGCCGCCGGCCGGGCUGGGGAGCAGGGCGCGCGGGGAGCCCGGCGACGGCGGCCCCUGGGAGCCGCACACGCAGUGUGAGUUCCCCUGUGCAGAGGGACACGCAUUGUGGAGAGCCGGGAAGAAAUUUUUAUAUUGUGAGCCACACAAGAGAAUUAAGGAAGUACUGGAAGAAGAACUCUAUAUUAAGAGAGAUGAAUGCCACAUUAAAAAUCCACCUGCAGUGGCCCUGGAAGGGAUUUGGAGCAUUAGAAGGAAUUUCCCCGUGGGAGGCUUGAAGCCAGGACCGCCCAGCAGAAACACCUUACUGCCACAAGCCAAGUACUAUUCGAGGCACGGAGGGCUGAGAAGAUAAGAAGAAUAUAUUUUUCCAUUGAGAAGAAACCCCUUUCUCCUAAUGUCUGAAAAACAGAGAAGAAACCCCCAGCUUGUUUCACAGUUUAAGAUGUGUAAAAAAAUGUUUAUAAAUUCUAUUAUUAAUAUUAAUUCCUAUCUAUAAAUUAAGCCAAUGUUAUCAUAGACUAUUGGUAAAGCUUACUAAGCACCUAAAAACAAUGAAGGAAAAUAUACUUAUUUUUGUUGUUACAGUUGGGAUACAUUGGUCUUUUAAUUCAGAUUAUUUUAUUAAAUAUGUAAAGCAUGAUAAAACAAAACGAUAUUUAUUGUCUUCACUUCAAGUAAACAUUAUAAACCCAAAUCUUUCACGAGGGUGUCAUUAUGUUCAUCCAUUACAAACAAACAAAGCAAAACAUCCAUCCAGCUAUACCUAUACAGGUUAGUGAAUGAAUAACCCAGAUGAAAAGUCUCUGACUCAGAAACAGUCAUUUUAGUGCUAGUCUUGAUAGAGCCCUUCAUUUUUCUAGAAUUUGUCCACUAAAUAGUAAGCAGCCAGGAAGUUUAUGGAGAGAUUUAAAAAAAUAUAUUUUACUAAUACUACUGGGUUAAAAAGAGGUUAAAAGAUGGAAAACAAUCCAAUCUUCUUGUCCCACCCCACCCCCAGUUGUCAAAAAUAAUGCAUAUGUAGAUUU